CUGUUUAUAAAGGGACUGGCUCACAUCUUUGUCAAAGUUUCACAGUCUGAGCUGAUGAAAUGUGACAGAACAGCAUCAAGACGGAGGCGCACAAAUAUGAUUACGGCUGUUUUUCUGCUGUGCACUGUCGGGGUGUAUUGCUCUGAUGGUGUUUCAGCACAGACACCAUCCUGUGAACCCAGUAAAGAGGUGGUAUGUUUUGUGCCAGCUGAUUUUCUGAAUGCAUCCCGUCCUGUUAGCAUUGAGGUGUAUGUUGGUCAGAAACUCGUCAUCUCCUCGGACCACAUGUCUGGACAUCCUGUCUGUCACUGGGUUCAAGGAGAAGUCCCCGUAAAAACAAUAAAUGGAAGUGACCUGAUGGUUCUACCAUUACUUUCUGAGAGAGACUCUGGAGAGUACACCGUGCACUGUGAAACUGAAAAUGGGUCCAUAUCUUCAGUAAAGGUGUCUCUUCAUGCUGUAAUGAAACAUCCCACAAAACCACGGCUGGUUCUGGUCCCAGCAGAAGAUCCACGUCGGUCCCCUUACUUCAAGUGCAUUGCUGAUGACUUUCCAAAACCCUCAAUUAAAUGGUCUGGAAACAAUGAUGGGGAAAAUGUUCCUGCAAGUGGUAACAGGGUAGAGAACAAAAUAAGUACCACCAGAUAUUCCGAUACAGGAGUUACAUGCUGCGCUGUCAAUGGUGAAGAACAAGAAUGCUCCCAACUAUACGACUAUGACCUAGGCCUUGACUCUAUGAAAAAUGAGUUUUCUGAUGUAACCCUGAGUCCUGGUGAGUCGUUACUGCUUCGCUGUCGGACACAUCGGGCACUUCCAACACCUGUGUGGGAGAAAGAUAACCAAACGAUGGCUGCCAGCAAUAUACCAUGCUCAUCAGAGAUCUGCAUUAAAGAGAACAGACAUUAUCAAAGUGUGAUGACAUACCUGUUUGUUGAAUCAGUUAAAGUCACCCACAGUGGUACAUAUACAUGCAGAGGUCCAAAAAACAAAACAAAGUCUGUCCAUGUUCACAUCCAGGCUGAAGGUUUCCUUUCUAUCCAGCUGGAUGAAAGGAAAAUCAUACCAGCCUGGUCCACACCAAACCCCUGCUUGCAGUCCAAUAUUUCAUACCAUCCUGUGCUUCAGCAGUGUACCUGGGAGGCUCCUAACAAAAUUAAAACUAAAUGCACCAGAGAAGAAUGGGUAACAAAGCAUAGGAAAGUGACACUAUGUCAGCUCGAAACAGGGGAAUAUAAAUUACACAUGGAGGCUGGAGGACAGAAAAAAACAAAGACUGUGUCAGUGUGUCUUGUAGAGAAACCAAGCUUCAAAUUUGAUAUCAGUGAGGAUAACAAUACUUUCAACAUGAAGACUGUGAGUCUUGUGCCAGCAAAUUAUACUUGGAUGUCUUGCUCAAAUGCCAGUUGCGAAACAGAGUCAUCCUGGGAAGAAGUCCCAGAAACCUCCCAGACAGAUGCAGAGGUUUCCUGUAGCAAGACAAUCAAGAGUUCCUUGAGCAGACAUGCUGUGUAUGGACAACAAGUAAUGUUUUGCGUCACUAACUCAGUUGGAACCUGGUGCCAUCAACCCACAGUAUACUACCCACCCAGGCUUCAGCACUCCACAGGUCUUCCACAUCCUGAUAACCUCAGCCCAAUGGCUCUGAGAGUUGGCAGUAUUCUCCUCUUUUUGGCUUUGACCAUUGUCACUAUCGUCCUUUUGUAUUAUGUCAGGAAAAAGAAACCCCAGUAUCAGCCACAGCUACAAAUAAUCCAGAUGGUUGGACCAAAUGAUAAUGAUUACAUCUACAUUAACUUCAAGGACUUUGAAUAUGAUCCAAAGUGGGAGUUUCCCAGGGAGAACCUGGAACUGGGUAAAGAACUAGGCUCUGGGGCUUUUGGCAUGGUGGUCCAGGCCACAGCUUAUGGCAUCAACAAGCCUGGGGUAUCACAGCAGGUGGCCGUCAAGAUGCUUAAAGAAAAACAUCAAACCGUGGAGAAGGAGGCGCUCAUGUCAGAGCUCAAGAUGCUGACUCACAUCGGUCACCAUGCCAACAUUGUUAACCUGCUCGGGGCAUGCACAGAGUCAGGACCCAUAUACCUGAUUUUCCAGUACUGCUGUUAUGGUGACCUGCUGAACUAUCUUAAGGAAAACAGUCAACGCUACCACAAGUCUGUGACUGACGCCUUUAACAGGGACCGUUUCAGCAGCCUUUACCACAACCUGAAACCCAGCAAAGCCUCUAGUGACCUACAAACAGUGGACAACUACGUGCCUAUGUACAGUUCUACCACCAGGGGGCAGGAGGAUAUUGCUCUGCUCACACUCAACUCUGGGGACAUGAACAGCCUUGAAGACCCAGAGAUGUAUGUAAAUCCAGAUGAACAGACUGAGGACCUGCAAGCCCUGACCUUUGAUGACCUGCUGAGCUUUGCCUUCCAAGUGGCAAAGGGCAUGGAGUUUCUGUCCUCUAAAAAUUGUAUUCAUCGUGACUUGGCUGCUCGAAACAUUUUGGUAACAAAAGGUCGACUGGUGAAAAUUGGUGACUUCGGACUGGCCCGGGACAUCGACAAUGACUCCAACUAUGUUGUAAGAGGAAAUGUACGUUUGCCGGUGAAGUGGAUGGCACCAGAGAGCAUCUUUCAGGGGAUGUACACCAUGAAGAGCGAUGUUUGGGCUUAUGGGAUUCUGCUCUGGGAGAUAUUCUCACUAGGUGUUACACCAUACCCUGGCAUGAAGGUGGAUCACACGUUCUACUCUUUGAUUGAGAGAGGAUUUAAGAUGGAGUGUCCAUACUAUGCCAACGAGUCUGUCUACGGGAUGAUGUGUAAAUGUUGGGCCCUUGAACCCAGUGACCGCCCUUCAUUCUCAAAGUUGCUGUCUUUUAUGUUUGACCAGCUGGCAGACAUAGAGGACAAGCUCUACCAUAACAUGAUUGACCGCUCCUCCGGUGACUACCAGAAUGCCAUUUUGGACAUUUCGGCAUUGACAAAAGAAAAAACAGCACAGUCAAAAAAUGACUACUGUCUAGUCAACGCAACUGAGGAAAGCAAACCAACAAUGUGUGAGUCAGACACCACGACCGCUGAUGACAAACCCCUGAAACAAAGUGGUACAGAGUGAUCACUUACCACUCAAUGGAUCGAAAGGUUCAAACCAUUUCAUCUAUGCUCUGAAACAUUUUACUUAAUUAUCUUUGAGGAGUCAUAUUAAUAAUUGUAUGCUUUUUCUUUAUAUUCUGUUAAGUAUUACAAGCAUUUUCAGAAUCCCAGAUGGGUUCAGAUAAAAUAUUGUUACUUUUAUUUUUUUUUUAACAGAUCAAGGUAUGAAUGUAAAUGCUCAGCACUAUACUGUAGACAUGUGAACUGUAGAGUCUAUAAAUGCACAUCUGUACUGUAGCAGCCUUUGGUUUCAGAUGUGUUUUUACUAUGCAAAUGGCAGCAAUCUAAUACUUAUUAUAAUGGCACUUUUCAUGUUUUUCUCUGUCAAGGCCUUUCCACUGUGUUUUAAUGUCAAGAUUCAUAGCUGCCUCUCAGUGUACUUUAUAAUAACAUUUUUUUUUUGUUUUGAGACACAUUUCUCAUACUCCAAUUUAUAUUGUGUGUAUUUGCAGAAGUGUAAAAAUUAUGCACAUUCUUUACUCACAUAGAAGUACAGAUACUUGUGUUAAAAGAAGACUGGUAAAAGUAGCACUGAUUCAGUACCUUUACUUGAAAGAAAGUAAAAAGUACAGACUUUAAUAAAUGUAGUACAAGUGCAUGAAAGUAAAAAGUGAAUUUUUACCUGCUGUUUAUAUACAAAGCUAAUGUAACUGAAUAAAUUGAAUUUGCAACUAAAAUAAAAAAAAAACUGAACAUGA